AUGUAUGCUGGACGAAGGAUGAUCCAACAAUUCUUUUACAAAACCCUACCCUUUGUCACACACCCAAAGAUCGAAUUGAUGCAUUUAAAGAAUUUCUUGAAAAAAUUUUCAAAACACCUCGUGGCCAAAGUAUAGUCAUAUUUAACCGAACAUCCCAAAAUGAAGCGUUUAAUCGAGUAAAAUUAGUAUAUCUAGAUAAAAAAAUAGAUUAUUGGAAAUCUUUCACUGCAAGACAUGCAAUAGCAGUUAUAUAUUAUAACAAAGAAUAUACUUAUGUACUUUUCGAAAUUCGAGAAAUUUGCAGUCAGCCUUUUGCAUUAGAGAACUUACUCAAUAUUUGUAUGAUAGAAAAUGAACGUUCUAAACAAAAUCAAUUAAAUGUUGAAAAAAUUCAUCAACACAACAAAAUGCGAAGUGAAAAAUAUGCCUCUGAGUGCAAGGAACUGGGAGGUUUUGAUUUUAGCCAGAAAUUAGUUCCAUAUAAAAUGAAAGCACAAGAAAAACUUAGAAAAAAUGAGUUUUACCCAUCCUUCGCUUCUUUAAUUGUAGAUUUUGAUGUGACUAUACGAUGUUCUG